CUUUGGGCAGCCAAUGUUCGAGAUUCAACCAUCUCCAGACUUCAGUCUUCACCGCCACCACACCACCAUUACGCCAUCGACGAAGCGAUUCCUCUUUGUUCUAACAUAUAUUUCCCGUUUGGGAACCAAGAAUCCACCAAGACUAGCCUAUAUUCUCGCCCUUCUGCACCGAUUCGAAAGUUGAUAUUUCACGCACAAAAAUAAUGUCAGCUAGGUUGCUGAAGAAAGUGUUGAAAGAACAGGAGCAACAACAACAGCAUCACGAAGAAGAAGAGGAACCUGAAUCUCCUGAUUUGUCCACUCGCCCCGCAAUAAAUCCUUUCGACCUACUUAACGACGACGACUCUAAUCAGGAGAAUGAGUCAGAAAUUACUGAUGAAUCCUUGAUGGGAAAUGAUUACAAAGAAGAAUCCUCUGUGAUCAAAAGCUUGGUUAGUGUAGUGUCAACAUCCAACCAAAAAUCCAAGAAAAAGAAAAAGAAGAAAAACAAGGCAGCCCCAUCUUCCAGUGCAAAUAAAGGUGAAAGCCUACUGGAUAAGGCACUAGAAAAUGUCUCCUUGGAUGCUAAUUCUUCAAGAAAUCAACCUGAACCUGUCAAAACCAGACCAGAAAAAGUUCGUGAAGAGUUUACUAAACAAUAUGCCCCAUCCAUCCUUCAAGUGGAUCCCAAAUGUCUAAAUCCUGAGAAUGAGUUACGAAGAAUUUUUGGUUCUAAGGUGGUGAAAUCAUUUGAGAGAAGUAAUCUAGCCAGCAGUUCUAGGCAGGUUCGUGGGACAAGACGUGGAAGCCAUCAUGCCAGAAAGACUAUUCUAGUCUCUCCAUCAGAACAUUGGCCCCGCUGGGAUGGAUCUCUGUCUAUGGAAUUUUUGGAGACGAGGGAUGGAUAUCAUUACUUUAGGUAUGUGCACUCAUCUUCCUAUGAUCAAGCUCAAAAAUCAUUUGAAGCUGCCAAAGCUAUUCAUGAUCUGAAUGGCAUAGCAAGCAUUUUACUAUACCAUCCAUAUCAUUUAGAUUCACUUAUAACAAUGGCAGACUAUUUCAAAUUUGUGGGUGAACAUCAAAUGUCAGCUGAUGCUAUUGCAAAGUGUUUGUAUGCCUUGGAAUGUGCAUGGCAUCCCAUGUUCACCCCCUUGCAAGGCAAUUGCCAGUUGAAGAUCAGCCAUGAAACAAACAAGGCAAUAUUCACAACACUUUUCACUCACAUGAAAAAUAUGGACAGGCGAGGAUGCCAUCGUUCUGCCCUUGAAGUUUGUAAAUUAUUGCUUUCACUGGAUUUAGAUGAUCCAAUGGGGACAUUGUUCUGUAUUGACUACUUCACUUUGAGAGCAGAGGAGUACGCAUGGUUGGAGCAAUUUUCAGAAGACUAUAAAAGUGAUAACUCCUUAUGGUUGUUUCCAAAUUUCUCUUAUUCCCUUGCAAUUUGCCGAUUUUAUCUCGAGCGAGAGGAAUCUGGAAAAGAUACUUUUGUGCUUGCUAAAAAGUCUGCUUCAGCAGAUUUAAUGAAGCAGGCCUUGAUGCUUCAUCCUUCUGUUCUUAAAAAGCUUGUAGACAAAGUACCUUUGAAAGAUCAGGCGUGGAUAAAUAUACUGAAGCAUUCCUUCUUUAGAUCAGAGAAAACUGGCUCCCCAUCUUUGGACCAUCUUAUCAAUAUUUAUAUAGCGAGAAGUUAUAUCAUAUGGAGGCUUCCAGAUUUGCAGAAAUUGCUUCGAGAUGCAGCUUUGCAAGUAAUCGAAACCAUAGAACAUAACAGUAGUGAAGCUAAGGAUUGGGCUUGUGUGCGAAAAGAGGCUUUCUCAUCUGAGAACAAUGAGUAUAGCCAUUUGCUGGUUUCAGAUUUUUCUGAUGCUGUGCCAACUCUUCCACCCGAGAACUUGCAAAAUUUCAUGGUUGAUCCCAGGAUAAGGGAGGCUGACCCAAAUGGAGUCCGAAUUGCCAAUCCAGCUGCUGGUGGUCCUGCUGCACGGGAUGUCGCAAAUCGCAAUGCAUUGGCUGUCUUAUUUGAGUCAAUGUUGCCGUGGGUUCAUUAUGGCGCUGGAGAAGAUGAAGGAGCUAAUGAGGAGAACCAAGUUAAUGAAGAUGACCGAGGGAACCGGGACUGAAUUAGCGAUGUGAUGUGCUUGCUCUAGUAGAUGGGAAAAUUGUUAGGAGGAAUGAAGCUUUUCUCACAUUGAUGUCACCAUCUGAGAUGUAAGAUAUUUUCUUAUUGCUGGAGUCGGCAAGUUGAAAAGUGCUGCAAUAUGGAUAUAUUCUUAAUACAUCAUUGAUACAGAUAAAUUCCGUCUACAAAUGAAUUAAAACCGUAGGUUAAACCGUAGGUUAGAGAUAUUUAUCGCGAAAUUAUUGCUUGAAUUUGUUUUUGUUGAUGAUUAUUAAACUUGAUUUUAUUUCAUGGUACUUCACAUAGCA